CCUUCUUUCACACAAGGUUCAGUUUCCUCCCACAGUCCAGUCGCAACAGCAGCUUCCGGGUUCGUCUCUCCGCGGCUCUCGUCGUCCAACCGGAAAAUGUGGCUUGUGGAGCGUUUCGUCAUGGAUCUCACAUCCGUCCGUCUCCUGCUCAUUCUUGGUCUUGUUGUUGCCGCCCAAGCUCAAAACUGUGAGAGACCUGUGCCCGGAGCCAACAUGGUCUUGAAGGACGAUUUCAUUCUCUUGGAAACGUUCCUGAAUGGCGCUGUGGCCUCUUUCAGGUGUGAUGUUGGCUACACGUCUGCAGGAGGGUCUUCAUCCGUUACUUGUGGAGACGGCAGCUGGAGUCCCGUGAAGCUGAAAUGCCAGAGAAAGAGCUGUGGCUCUGCUGGAGAAGUUGAUCACGGGAGCGUUGAUUACCCUGAAGGGAAUGAGUUUGGCGAUCGAGCUGUGGUCAGCUGCAACAGAGGUUACAAUAUGGUUGGCGGAGCUCCACGCUUUUGUGGAGACCAAGGGUGGACGGGCAGGUUGCCUACAUGUCAAGCAAUAAAUUGUGAUCCGCCACGUGAGAUUCAAAAUGGCAAUUUCCUCCCAAAAAAAGAAGACUUCUAUGGAUUUUCAGAGGUUGUACAAUACACCUGCCAAAAACCGUAUUCACGCAAAGGUUCCAAAUCAUUAACAUGUUCAGAGACUGGGGAAUUCAAGCCUGAUCCUCCAGAGUGUAUCAUUGUUAAUUGUGAAGAGCCUGUUGUUAAAAACGGUAAAUGGGUAUCGGGUUCUCGACCCCCCCAUAAACACUUGGCUAGUGUGACGUUCGAGUGCGAUACCGGAUACGACAUGGUGGGAGAGAGGACACAGACAUGUGACAUAAAUGAGAAAUGGUCACCCGGACUUCCAAAAUGCAUACAGAAAGCAGUGGCUGCCACAACUAAAGCUACUACCACCACCACCACCAGCACCACCACCACCACCACACCUUCAGGGAAACAAACGGCUGCUCCUAAAUCAACUGACGCACCUGACAGUGGAAGUGACGGCUCAGGGUGGAAGUGGGGUCUUGGAAUAUUCGGUGGCAUCUGUUGCAUCUGUUGUUGCAUCGGUGGUGGCAUCUGCUACAAGAAAAAAAAAAGCCCCAUGAGAAGUUCUCCUGACAAUGAGGCUCCAAAACAAGGAGAGGAUAUUCCACUCUCGAAGUAAGCAUUAGCGUCCUGGUGGUCCAGCUGUACGUGAUGUACUAAUGAACUGAAUGGAAGAGGGUCGCCCCUGGACGAGUGUUUGAACCUGCUUAUGGCUUUGAUUUGUAAAGACCGACAUGAUGAAAUGUCUAGAGAUCCUGAAAUCUCUGCAAAUUGCGCUGAGUCCUCAGCUGCUGCUUGUUGCUCUGGUUAGUCGACAGUAAUGUACAUAUCUGAUAAUCUUUUAACUUGCCUUACUUAUUCCUGCCCAUAAUGAAGACCAGUUCAAACGUUUUUCUUUUGUCUUAUUAUUAAUUGACAUUGUGUUUGUCAGAGAAGCUUUAUCUCCAUAUAGAUUUUAUACUUUUGCACUAAAACUCAAGAGCACAGCUCGGGCCACUGUAGCAUGAAAUGCAACAAUGGUUUGGAUUGAGAAAAAACUGAAUGUAUGCACUGCUCACCUUUUCAAAAUACAGCCGUUCAGUUUAAAUAACCUGUGUGAUGCUGAAGAAACUAUCGAAUAUAUCUGUCACUUGUUUCAAACAAAGCUUGUAACUGAAAUAGAUAUUGAUGGCACCCCUCGUAGAGGGAGGGGCUCUGAGCCGAUAAACCAGUCCUCUCAAAAAGGUGGGAUCGAGCAUCGGGCCUGUCGAAUGUGUGGUGUCGUUUAAAUGCCUUAUCCCAAACAGACCUUUUACAACUGCUUACUGUUGGCUAAUGGGGCCUAAUCAUGACUCUACUAAAUGAUGAGAUGUCAUAUAUUCGCCAGAGUCUGAACAAAUUCCCCACUACUGUGAAAAACAGGAAUGCUUCCAGUGUUUUGACGGUGGCUACAUCAAGAUGUACAGAAUGUGAUUUGUAAAGGUUUUAGCACCUGCUCAACUUUUUAUUUAUUUGUCAAAAGAGAAAUUAGUAGUUUUGUGUAAAUUUGCCAUAAAAUAUUUUGUAAACAUGAAUGAAAUAAAUGUGUUCAUGAUA